AUGAACGACCUCACAGCAUCAAAGGAGCUGAACGACAAGGGACAAUCUACGGAAGUCGCCCUCGACCUGCUUCACUCCGCCCAACAGGGUGAUGUUCUCGACGUGAAACAGUCGCGCAAGCUCCUCUGGAAGCUAGACCUGCGCCUUGUGCCCUUGCUCUGUAUCACCUACGCAUUGCAAAGCAUUGACAAGACGACCCUCAACUAUGCCGCAGUCUUUGGGCUCCGCGAUGACCUUGGGCUCUCCAGCACGCAGUAUUCCUGGUCCGGCGCCAUCUUCUACCUAGGCUAUCUCAUCUGGGAGUAUCCCACCGGCCUGCUCCUGCAGAAGUUUCCCGUCAAUCGCUUCCUCUCGUGCACGGUCAUUAUCUGGGGGUGUGUCCUCCUCUGCCACACGCCCGUGAACAACUUCGCCGGCCUCGCAACGGUGCGCACGUUCCUCGGCGUCUUCGAAGCAUCCAUUCAGCCUGCCACCAUGAUCAUCUUCAGCAUGUACUACAAACGCCAGGAACAGCCGUUCCGCAUGGGCAUAUGGAUCGGCUCGGCUGGCAUGGGUUACGUGAUUGCCGGCAUCGCGAGCUUCGGCAUUGGUCACAUCCAAGGCUCUCUCGUGAGCUGGAGACUGAUGUUCAUCUUCUGGGGCUCAGUCACUGUAGCUUGGGGCAUCUUUCUUCUGUGGGCCUUGCCUGGCUCACCUGUCAGUGCGAGCUUCCUAACCGAAGAAGAGAAGACGGCAGUACUGGACCGCAUCAAGGAUAACGGUACUGGACUCGAGAACAGAAAGUUUAAGAAGGAUCAGUUCCGUGAGGCCAUGGUCGACCUGAAAACAUGGCUGCUGUUCUUCUUCGCGGUUGCCAGUAACUCGCCAAACGGGGGACUCACUACUUUCCAAGGCCUCAUCAUCCGCGCCCUCGGCUUCUCCGUCCUCGACACCACACUGAUCCAAAUGCCCUCCGGCGGCGUUCAAGCUGUCGUCUGCGUCUUCGCAUGCUACAUGGCGUCCGUCUUCCCCAACGCCCGCCUCGCGACCAUGCUCGCCUGUCUCGUCCCCUUCCUCGUUGGCCUCAUCGGCCUGCAGACCGUCCCGUACUCCGCCCCCUACGGCCGCCUCGCCUGCCUCUGGAUCUCCUUCGCCUACACUGCCACUUGGACGCUCUCCAUGUCGGUCGCGACCGCCAAUACCGCGGGCCACACCAAGAAGGUCACCGUCAACGCCAUGCUGCUGAUCGGAUACUGCCUCGGCAACUUCAUCGGUCCCUUUUUCUUCAAGAUUUCGCAGUCGCCAGACUAUGAGUUGGGUGUGGGGAUGAUGUUUUUCUGUCUGGCGGUGCAGGUCUGCUGUAUUGUGGGGCUGGGCGUGUUGUUCUGGAGCAGGAAUAAGCGGAGGAGGGUGCCGGGAUGUGAGGAGGAGGUGAGGGAGGCGCAGCAGAAUGGAUUUUUGGAUGUGACGGAUAUGAAGAAUGCAUAUUUUGAGUAUGUCUUCUAA